AUGACAACCCUCAUAGCGAGGGUUGCUGCACACGGCGAGGAGGAGAGACCAACCUCGGCGAACAAGGAGGCGGAACAGCUCCGGGAGGAGCUUAGGACCAUGAGGAUCACGGUCAGGAGCCCCGAAGAAAAAUUGGCGGCCAAGGAGAUCGAUGCAGGACCAGCACCGGUACCGCAAAUUGCGGCGUUAACUUACGCGCAGGCCGCCAAAAAGAGUGGAGUCUCAUCGAUGAAUGAGGACACUCGACCAGGCCCCUCAAGGAAAAAGAAAAGGGUGAUACAAAUGAAGGCCGUGGACGGCUCCUUGAGCUCCUCCAGGGAGGCGGCGGAGAGGGGAUCCAAAAGCGUAGUCCCGUCUUUUGACGACACUAUGCCAAUGGAUGCCCCCCCUCCCGUCAUGAGGCCUUCUAUCGGAGGGGUGAGGAAGAAACUAGAUGAUGAUCUAGCCAAGCUCAACCUCAAGCCUGAGGAGGAAGCGACGUAUAAGGUCCUCUCUAGAGGAAUCGACUACUUCCUCCAAUGUCGAGAAAAAGUAAAGGCGGAUAGAGGAUCAUGGGUUCCCGAUGUGGAAGAACUAAUUCAGGUCCUCGGUCCCCUCUCGGCCUCGGCCCCUACGACUGGAAAAGCGCGUGAUGACCCGGUCGGGGAAGGGAGUGCUGGAAAGAACAGGGACCUAGCCCCAGUCCUGAAGGAGAUCAACAGGAGGGCGGAGAGGAAGAGGGAGAAGAGGAGCAGAAAGGCAGCCCGAAGGAGAGAGAAGCUGCGGCAGGAGCAACAGCUCAGGAAGGAGAUACGGAAACCUAUAGUCCAACAAGGAGGGGGAAACAGGGCCUCCCCCUUCCGGAAAGUGGAAGAGACUCCUGUUAAAAGAGGGGAACCAAAAGGCCCUACGCAGGACAAGCGUAGAGGAGGGAAGGGAGGAGCUGGCCGAACAUCAGGCCAGAAGCAGGAGACUGAAUUCAUGGUUGAGGCCAGGCGCCGGAUAAAGCCUAAAGAAGUUGGCAUACCGGGUGCUUUGAAAAUUAGAACGGCCCGUACCGGGGCCUUACUUAUUGAGAUGCCUGGCCUCAACGCAGGGCCCUCCGCCGACCGGUUCGCCGAGGAACUCGGCAAGCUGGCGGCGAAGAAGGGCCCCGGCUACAGCGUCCAAAGGCCGGUGAAGACCGCAGCACUGCGGCUCACCGGCCUGGACGCAACGGUCGGGGUCGAGGAUGUGACGGCCGCUGUGGCUCUCGCUGGGGGCUGCCCACCCACGGACGUGUCCGGGAGUGAGCUGCAAUUCACCCAGCGAGGAACCGCCAGCCACGGCUGUGGUGCGGUGCCCACAGAAAAGGAAGAGGGAGGCUCAGAGGAAGCGGCAGCCCGGAACCAGGAACAGCCCCCCACUUCGGAAGGGACUAGGGGCGAGGAAAGGGAGGAGGCCAGACCGGCUUCCUCCCGUACGCGGGAGGAUAUGAUUGUGGAGGCGGCUUCCAGCCGCACCCUGGACCCCACCACCCCGAUGGAGGAGGAGCCGCAGCCGCAGAGGGGGAAAAGGAGGAGGACCGCCAUGGAAGCGGUCCCCCCGGCGGCGUCAUCGGUGCACCAGGAACCUGAGAAGGAGGAUGAGGGAACUGAGUCACCGGAGAGGACCGAUAAGGUGAGGAGGGUGGAGGUCGUUGAGACCCCACUCCCAACAACUUUAGACGGAGAGCCGGAGGACGCGCCAUCCUCGGCUCUCCCUGACAGCCUCCCCACCUUGCACUCCCGAGAGGAGGGGGAGGUGGAGGUAGGAACCCCCCUGGUAGGGACCUCCAUAGCACCAGUGGAGGAAGUGGCAGACACCACUGAGACACCCAAAGAGGAAGCCACCACCACGGCCAAGGACCCCUCAGAGGAGAUAGGGACGGCGUCACCGCCACCCGAAGUCUCUCUGAGGGGCACCGACGAGGAUCGCCCGGAGGAGACGUGA